AAAAAGAAAACUGUCUAAUUAAAGAGCAAGAAUGCAGAGCACUCCGAACUACCUCUGGCUGUUAUCUGACAUUCUAGGACAGGGAGCUACUGCAAAUGUUUUCCGGGGACGACAUAAGAAAACUGGGGAUUUAUAUGCUGUCAAAGUGUUUAACAGCAUAAGUUUCCUUCGUCCUGUGGAUGUUCAGAUGAGAGAGUUCGAAGUGUUGAAGAAACUAAAUCAUAAGAACAUUGUCAAGUUGUUUGCCAUCGAGGAAGAGACAACGACUAGACACAAAGUACUAGUUAUGGAAUUUUGUCCAUGUGGGAGUUUGUAUACAGUUUUAGAGGAGCCCUCUAAUGCCUUUGGUUUGCCAGAGUCUGAGUUCUUAAUUGUUCUGAGAGACGUGGUGGCUGGGAUGAAUCAUCUCCGGGAGAACGGAAUAGUGCACCGAGACAUCAAACCGGGCAAUAUCAUGCGUGUCAUAGGUGAAGAUGGACAGUCAGUUUACAAACUUACAGACUUUGGUGCUGCAAGAGAGCUUGAAGAUGAUGAACAGUUUGUUUCUCUCUAUGGCACAGAAGAGUAUUUACAUCCUGAUAUGUAUGAACGAGCAGUUUUGAGGAAAGAGCAUCAAAAGAAGUAUGGGGCAACAGUUGAUCUGUGGAGCAUAGGGGUGACCUUUUACCAUGCUGCAACAGGGAGCUUGCCUUUCCGACCCUUCGAAGGACCUCGUCGAAACAAGGAAGUCAUGUAUAAAAUAAUCACUGGAAAGCCUUCUGGUGCUAUUUCUGGAAUACAGAAAGCAGAAAAUGGACCAAUUGAGUGGAGCUGGGAGAUGCCUGUUUCUUGUAGUAUUUCAAAGGGUCUGCAGGUGCUGCUCACACCUGUCCUUGCAAAUAUUCUUGAAGCAGACCAGGAAAAAUGCUGGGGAUUUGACCAGUUCUUUGCAGAGACGAGUGACAUACUGCUCCGAAUUAUAAUCCACAUCUUUUCCCUGCAGCAGAUGACCUUGCACAAAGUUUAUAUUCACAGCUAUAAUACAGCAGCGAUAUUUCAUGAGUUGGUUUACAAACAGACAAAAAUACCAUCUCAGAAUCAAGAGUUGAUCUACGAAGGUCGACGUUUAAUCCUAGAGCCUGGCAGAUUGGCACAGCACUUCCCCAGGACAACUGAGGAGAACCCUAUCUUUAUAGUAAGCAGGGAGGCUGUGAACAUUGUUGGAUUAAUCUAUGAAGAAGUUUUACUUCCUAAAGUACAUCAACGUUACGAUUUGGAUGGGGAUGCCAGUAUGGCUAAAGUGAUAACGGGGAUCGUGUGCUACGCCUGCAGAGUUGCCAGUUCUUUGCUGCUUUACCAGGAGCUGAUGCGGAAAGGAAUUCGGUGGCUCAUUGAAAUAAUCAAGGAUGAUUACAACGAAAUGGUUCAUAAAAAGACAGAAGUUGUCAUCCGGCUGGAUUUCUGCAGCAGAAACGUUGAGAAAGCUGAGAAAAUAUAUGAGAAUUUGAUGCAGAUCAACUUGGAAGCAUCAGAAGUGGAUGAAAUUUCAGAGAUACACACAAAGCUGUUGCGUCUCUCCAGCUCUCAGGGCACAAUAGAAACUAGUCUUCAAGAUAUCAAAACCAAACUUUCUCCUGGUGGCUUAUUGGCUGACACCUGGGCAAAUCAGGAAGGCAUGCACCCAAAGGACAGAAAUCCAGAAAGGCUGAAGGCACUGCUAUGUUCCAUCACAGAUAUUUACUACCAGUUCAAAAAAGACAAAGCAGAACGAAGGCUUCCUUAUAAUGAAGAACAAAUUCACAAGUUUGACAAGCAGAAGCUGUAUUUGCAUGCUACAAAAGCCAUAGCUCUGUUCAAAGAUGAAUGUGUCAGCAAGUAUGAUACAUUUCUGGACAAGGCUGAGGACUGGACAAGGAAAAUGCUUCACACCAGGAAGCAGUUACUGGCUCUCACCAACCAGUGUUUUGAUAUUGAAGAAGAGGUCUCCAAAUACCAGGACUACAUAAAUGAGUUACAAGAUGCUCUGCCACAGAAAAUGUUUGCAGCAUCUAGUGGGAUGAAACAUACAAUGAAUACAGUCUAUCCAAGCUCAAACACAUUAGUGGAAAUGACUCUUGGUAUGAAGAAACUAAAGGAGGAAAUGGAAGGAGUUGUUAAAGAGCUGGCUGAGAACAAUCACAUUUUGGAAAGAUUUGGUGCUUUGACAACCGAUGGCGGCCUGCGGAACAUGGACUGUGGCUUUCAAAGGACCUGAAGAGGAUUUUGUAAAUUUUUUCAGAGGGGGGAAAAAAAGUGUUCGGACAUUUAAAGGCAGAUAAUAAAUCU